UCGGCCGGUUUAAUGUGCGCAGAAAUGAAGCAUGAACCGGCACGAAUGCACAGAAUAGCAAUAGCCUAUGCCUAUCCAUCACUCUCUCAAAGGAUUACUCCUCUUUCUCAUCCAUGGCUGCAAAUCCCUUCACCCUACCCCCCAAUUAUCCACUCCAAACGCCUUCGCUUUACUUCCCAGCUUCCGCUUUCUCCCUUUUUCCGCCUUGUAAUUCUUCUACCCGUCACAAAUUCGCAAACAAUCGCCUUUUUCUCAGCUGCCGCUGCGGCGCUCUCGCCAUUAAUGGCAAUCACUCUACUCCCACGUUCUCCGACUCCGGUAUAAUGCUGUUUUCGUUGCUUCAAGAAAUGGGAUUUAAUGAGAAAGAAACGAACACAAUUAUAGAUGCCAAUGCAGCUCUGAGAUUAACUCCUUUUGAAUCUAUUCGUAGUAGAAUUCAUUUUUUGCAGUCUGCUGGAUUAUAUGGUGCUACUCUUUCUAGAUUAAUUUCGAAAAGACCGGAUUUAUUAACCGCUGAAGAAAUCAAUGGAGUUUUGAGCUUGAUUGCUAUUAAUGGUGAUUCAGAACUGAAAGGGAAAAUCGAGCCAGCCCAGGUCGAACGCCUCUUUAAUGCAACGGACCCUCGAUUUAUGGUGGGAUUCGAGAGGAAAGUGCAAUUGCUGCUUGAGUUUGGUGUUCCAAAAGAAAAGCUUGCUCGCGUGCUUAACAAUGUCAAUUUGACCAAGGCAUUGUGCCUUAGAUCAUUGCAGGAAUUUGAGAGAAUGCUCGCCUUUCUGCAGCGUUUUGGGGGUCCCGAGUUGGUCCUUCGUAGACCUGCUAUUCUCAACUAUGAUUUGGAUGCUCAGUUGAUCCCAAGAGUUGGGUUCAUCCUCGAGUUGAGUGGCGGAGAUGAGGCUGCCACCAGCACGGUCUUGCACAAGUUCCCCUUUGUGUUGGCUUACACGGUGGACCAUUUAAAAGACCAUGUCCAGUUCUUGAAUUCCUACGCUGAGCUGAGCUAUGAGGAGAUUUUCAAGAUUGUUCUUGUUUAUCCCGGUUUGUUCAGCGCGAGCAGGAAGAGGAAGUUGCAGCCAAGGAUUGAUUUUCUCAAGCAGUGUGGAUUGAGUUCGCAGGAUUUGUACAAGUUCUUGAUGAAAGCGCCUCUGUUUCUGAGCUUGUCUUUUGAAGAGAAUCUAGCCAAUAAAUUGGUGUUCAUGGUGAAAAUCGGGUACAGGAACAGAACAAAGGAGUUGGCUAUGGCAAUGGGAGCUGUGACGAGGUGCAGCUGCAAGAAUUUGCAAGAGGUGAUCGGGGUGUUCUUGAACUACGGAUUGACUUGUGAGGACAUCUUGGAUAUGAGCAAGAAACAUCCGCAGGUGUUGCAGUAUAACCACGAGUCGUUGGAGGAGAAGUUGGAUUACUUGACUGAGGAAAUGGGUCGCGAAGUUGGGGAGUUGCUGUCGUUUCCUGCGUUUCUUGGUUAUAAGCUUGAUGGUCGCAUCAAGCAUAGGUAUGAAGAGAAGAGGAAGACUUUAGGUGAGGGGAUGUCUAUCAACAAGCUGUUAAGUGUAUCUGUUGCCACGUUUUCAACCAAGAAGAAGAAGAAGAAGAAGAAGAAAGAGGAGGUACCGGUUAAACAAGAUUCAUGACCUGAAUUAAACAAAGGCUCCAAGAUUCCUCCAUCAAUCAUCAAAGUUGGAAGCUAAGAUGAUUGUCGAUACUCCGAGAGAUGAAAUAGAUAAUCGCAGCUGAUAAAUAUUUCGUCACAUUCACAUGGUGAUUGUAGAAGAAACUGUAAAUCGAUAACCAGGUCAAAUUAAUUUGAACACGAGAUUUUUUAUGUUUC